AUGUCGUCUCAAUCUAGUGAUCAACUCAAGAAUCGCACCUUUGACCAGGACCUAUGGCCACACAAGACCAUCGACAUCGGAGCAAAUGGAGUAACUGUGUCAGCCAACCCGUUGGGUCAGAUUUAUCAGAUAAGCGCUCCGUUGGCUGCUGCCAACAAGUUUGGAAUUAUGGUGGCAGCCCCAUGGCCGCAAUUUGACCACUCACAGCGCACCAACCCAAAAUAUGUUCGAGAGUUCCGCAAGAUACCAGAGAAGCUUCUUAGCCAACUACGAAGCGGACUAGGAAUCGAUUUUUGGGGGCGUAAAGGCCCGGUAGUCACCAGACAUAUCCGAGACAGCAUGGGGAGCCAUGCUCAAUUCGAGUACCGGAUCCAUGACAGCGAUUCAUUCAUUCAGACGGCCUUGAAAGUACGCAAUGACGGGACCGUGAUCCAUGCAAGCAAGGUAACCAACAUGAGCAGUGAAGAGCAAACAAUUUCAGUUUCAUUGGACGUUGCGUUUGCUGUUUCUCGGGCGGGAUAUGGACAGCUUACAGAUCGCGGCGCCAUCGAUAUUCCAGAUGCUUCAAAUGUCCUCAAUAGCAUUAGAGGGCAAAAUGGUGCUGGAGUGCUCUCUGUCGAGAACCGGAGUCUCGGCGGCCGAGUGAUUGCCUCCGUGCUAUUCUACAAUACGACGACCGGACAGUACAUCGACGUCGAUGAAUUACUUUUUGUCCAGCGAGGAGUCCAGCAGAAUCCACCGCACCGACCGAGUGAGAGAGCUAGCCAACUGAUUCGAAUAAAGCCCGGGGAGACCAUGAAGCUUAUUGUUUUGUUUCACCCUGAAGACAUCUCUGCGUCUGAUGAGUUCGCCGGGGGAGAUCGAGCGGACGAAAUCGCCCCUGAUACUCUAUUCACUUACCAGGAUGGCGUUUCUGACCCCAAAGUCCUUAUGCAACGCCACAUUCAAGACCUCUCUGGGUUCAAUCGGGAUCCCACGGAAACCAUCGAAAGCACGAUCCUCUGGGCCAACGUCAACUAUAUCUUGGGCUGUUGUUCCGUGCCGAUUUCAAGCUCCCAGGGCCAUGGCACCUGUUGCAUAGCAGACCAUUUUGCCUUGAAUCUUGGCUGGCCUCGGGACAACUAUUGGCAAUUAAGAUUGCUGAGGCAGCUCGGCUCGUCGAAGCUCGAAAAGCUGCUGCCGAACAACCAUGAGAGGGCGCGUCAGUAUGAGGAGAAGAUCCGCCAAACCCUUACCAACCAUCUCUUCUGGCUAUUCCAAAUGGCCGUGACAGAGAUUGAGAGUGAUGGAAAAGUGCGUCAUUUUUGGCGACGGUCAUACCUUGUCAACGGGCUGCCCAAAGACGGAGAAGUGUUUCAAUUGGACACUCAAUGCUAUCCGUUCCUGGAGCUUUGCGAAUACUUCGAGACCUAUGGAAAUGACUCUUUUAUCAAGUUCAUCCUACAAAGCGGUUCAUUCAGAAAUAUUCUUCAGGACUUGCUCUCCCGGCGGGAUAAUGUGACAAACCUCUUCCCCUCCGAUGAAACUCCAGCGGACGAUGAAUUGGGCGACUACAAAUUCCAUCUUUCCAGCAACAUUCUGCUUUGGCACACACUGCGCAAGCUGGCGAGGCUUCUUUCAUGCCCGCAAUUUAGGCCAGUUGCAAUAGCGGCAGUGAAUGGCAAUGAUCAUCCGUGGGAGGCCUUGAACAACUUCGCCGCCAUGAUCAAAGAGGGAGUUUUAAGAAACUUCAAAAGCUGUCGAGACAUCGCACAUGGUGAUGUGGGUCAACGACGGGCCGAUCAAGACAUCCUUGCAUACGGAUUCGACCCAUCCAAGAAGCUCAAUGACCCUAUGAGGUAUCGUCACUACCACGACGGGAAUGACAUGCCAACCUUGUACGCCCAAGAAUGGGGCUUCUUGAAGGGCGAUGACGGCGACACAUGUGAUGACGCGGACUUGAGAAGUCUAUGGGAGAAUACUCUAGUCUGGGCCUUCACCCCUGGUCCCGCUUCAUCAGGGUUCAACACUGGCUAUCAGGGGAAGGGCAGCGAGCCUUUCCAUGGGCUGGGAAGCGAUCAUAGCCCGGGACCGUGGACUCUUGGGUUUUUCCAGGAAUGGAGAUUCGCACAGAUGGUUGGGGACGAGGCCAGAGAGCGCAAAGCAUGGAAGCAGAUCGAGGGGUCGGCCCAGUUUGAUGGGACGUUUUCUGAAGCUGUAGACAUUACCACCGGUGUGUGCACCUCCAAGACAUGGUUCAGUUGGCCCGGGGCCAUGAUUGCCGAGAAUCUCAUCGACACGGUCAUUGAUCAAGUACAGAAGCGUGUAUCCUGA